AUGACAUUUCCUUUACCCAAUCCCGUUCUGGUCUACGUCACCUCCGGAUUGGCUGGCGAUAGCGAGCUCGAGGCCCUGCUGAGAGCCAGAGCGCGAGGAGGAAGGCACUGGCAUGAACAGAAUUCGCAUUCAUGUUUUGCCUUCAAGUCGGGGGCAGCUCACUCCUGUGCCAAGGCCACGAGAAACCUUGUCCUGUGCCUUUGCUCAUCGUCCAUGCUCUCAGCCUCGUUUGGAAGGACUCGAGUUCUGCAUUAAACACAUCCUUGAAGACCGGAAUGCACCCUUCAAGCAGUGCAGCUAUAUUUCCACUAAGAAUGGCAGGAGGUGCCCAAAUGCAGCUCCCAAGCCGGAGAAGAAAGAUGGUGUGUCAUUCUGUGCUGAACAUGCUCGCAGAAACGUAUUGGCCUUACAGGCUCAAAUGAAGAAGUCUAAUCCUAGCCCUGUGAGAGAGUCUCUCCUCUGUCAGCUGAGUUCCUAUGCCAAGACGGAGCAGGGCUCUCAAACUGCCGAAAAUAACCGUAGUGAGGGCAGCAGGAUAUUGGAUGAAGAUAGCUGGAGUGAGGGAGACCAGGAGCCUCUUACUGUGGAUCAGACGUGGAGGGGUGAUCCUGAUAGUGAAGCAGAUAGCAUUGAUAGUGACCAAGAGGAUCCUUUAAAACAUGCUGGUGUGUAUACGGCUGAAGAGGUGGCACUGAUCAUGCGAGAAAAACUGAUCCGGCUACAGUCUCUGUAUAUUGAUCAGUUCAAACGGCUUCAGCACCUUCUGAAAGAGAAGAAGCGCCGGUAUUUGCACAGCCGGAAGGUGGAACAUGAAGCCAUAGGUAGCAGUCUCCUGACAGGCCCAGAGGGUCUUAUGUCUAAAGAACGUGAAAACUUGAAGCAAUUGAAAUAUUUAAGGCGUUAUCGACAACGCUAUGGUGUGGAGGCUCUCUUACAUCGGCAGCUGAAGGAACGUAGAAUGCUGGCUACAGAGGGUGCUGGCCAGCAGGCACACACUACCCGUUCUAGCCAGAGGUGUUUGGCCUUUGUAGAUGAUGUUCGAUGUUCCAACCAGUCUCUCCCAAUGACAAGACAUUGCCUUACUCAUAUCUGCCAGGAUACCAAUCAACUCCUAUUUAAAUUGUGCCAAGGGUCAGAAGAAGCACCCUGCAGCAAGCCAGUGCCUGUAAACCUUUCUGAAAACCCCUGCUGCCCACUCCAUCUAGAGCUACCACCUCAGAUGUAUAUUCCUGAACAGGUACUGUGUGUUCCUGAGGAACUGGAAACCGCUUCCACGGAUCUCUACUUGAGUGCAGCUGAACUCUGCCCCACGGAGAGUUUGCCACUGGAGUUCAGUGAUGAUUUGGAUGUUGUUGGAGAUGGUAUGCAAUGUCCCCCUUCUCCUCUGCUUGCUGAUGCUUCUGCUGCCCUUGAGAACCAACUGAGCAAAAAUGUGGCUGAAGUUCCCAUAAUUGUGUGCUCAGAUGAAGAAUCCGUUCGACAAGGACUUCCAACACAGUCAGGAAGGGGAAGUUUCCCCAGGCAAAUUACACUUCUUGCAUCAGAACCUCCACAAGAGCCAUCAGCGCAGAAUACACAGCAUCUUGUGACAAGUGGCUCAAGGUUGGAGGACAAUAAGAAAGAUGAACCUGCAACCAAUGGGAAUUCAGAACCAGCUGCUAUCAACUGAGAUGGAAAAAAACUGUCUCCUGUCCGAUAAAGCAUCCGCUGCUGCUCUUGAACUCUCUUUUUGGCUUCCAGUGUUUUGCCAGCUCUCUAUUAAAUCUUCCCCAGAUUUAAUGUCUAUCUGGAAAACCAUAUGAGAGGCAGCUUUAGCAUGUUUGAGUGACUUCUUUCAGAUCUCAUUUCAGGGAAUGCUUUUUGGUUUCUGGUAUAAGUGGAGCAAAAAACAUAGGACAUCUUAAUGUUCAAUUAAUACACAAAGCAAAAGCCUCUGCCUUAUUCAUAGUCAUAGGCCCCUGAUAAGAGGAAAUGGCUUAAAGUAUUUUCCAUAGUUGAAUUAUUGGGAGUAUUUGAAGUCACAGGCUGAGCCGUGCUAAAAGCCGAGCUUUUUAUUAUCUGUACUGUACACUAGCCCAGUGAUGGCGAACCUUUUAGCCACCGAAUGCCCAAACCAUGCACGUGCAUGCCCAAACUGAAAGGUGCGAACACACGCAUGCACAGACAUGCGUGCAUGUGCAGCAGAGACCCAAAGACAAGCUGGCCUCCCAACACUGGCAGCGUGGCAAGAGGUAAGAUCUUUUUCUUUAGAGCUUCUGUUUCGUCGUCUCCAGGGAAACAGAAGUUCACAAAAGAAACGCCAUGGAGAUCUGACCUGGGCGACGGCGCAUGUGCCAGCAGAGAGGGCACACAUGCCAUAGGUUCGCCAUCACCGCACUAACCCGUUGAUGUAUAAUGUGCACAUAGCUGGAAUUUUUUUUCUCUUUUCCUUUAGCACUGAAGCCCCCAUAUAAGCAAUUUCCCACUUCUACAUUAUAAUGUGUAUAAAUCCCUUGUAGUAUAUGAAUAAAAAUACUGGAUACAUUUUAUA